AUGGCUGCCUUACAGAUUUAAGCCUCAACGCUCCAGGAUCAAAUACCUUAUUCAGCAAAGCAUAAUAAUCGCAAUCCGCCAUUAAGACCGCACCGUGAAGCGUCCUAGAUGAUUGAGUUUUGCGUUAAAUAGAUAUAUGCUUUGGUUUCAAGGAUGGAAGAUCUAUUUGUUUCAUAUUUAACCCUUUGCACUCCGAGAUCCGCGUACAAAUGAGUCGAUACCAUGGAGCAAUAAAAGAAAACACCCCGAUGCCUUUUGAAAAGGACAUUGUUCGUCGGUCUUUAAAAAUGAUGCAUCAAGUAGCUAGCAACAACAAUGACUACGGCUUGGGCGGCCUAGCCGAAGAUGGCCAGCACUCCAGCAGCCACUUCGAGUUGUGCGCCUCGCAGUCGGGCAAAUUCUACCCGUCCGGCCCGCCUCCACCGCUCCAGCUGCCCAUCCCCAACCUGCCCCCCUUGCCUCAGAGCAUGAUCAAGCCCAUGUCGUGCCAGAUGCAGGACUCUCAGAGCGACUUUCUGCCUCAGGCUGUGCGCAUGAGGGCUGCCGAGGCACCCGAAGGCUCCAAGAAGAAGAAAGGACUCGGGAAGACAGGAAGACGCGGUAGACCUGCUGGUACCACCAAGUCCGCUGGGUAUCGGACAAGCACAGGAAGGCCGCCUGGGACCACGAGGGCAGCUGGGUUCAAAACGAGCCCAGGGAGGCCUCUAGGGACAACCAAAGCCGCUGGCUACAAGGUCAGUCCCGGAAGGCCUCCAGGCAGCAUCAAGACGUUGGCCAAACUCAACAAACUGGACUAUAGCGCCUGCAACGGGGCUCCCUUCCCUUACACGCUGAUGCAGAAACGGGCACUUUGCGAAACCACGGUUAAAGAGAAAAACACUAGCGAAUGAGAGCAGGCUUUUGUAUUUAUUGGGAAAGGAUGAAACCGUGUAUAUCCAUGGAGUGACGUUUGCACUGAGGCAGGACUCACGAGGCAGAAAGGCAAAUUUUGAUACCUAGGCUUAACACUUACUAUGUAUGUGAAAGUGUUACAUUGUCAUGAUCAUUUUCGUAUUAUCUCUAUCCAAAGAGCAUUAUCAUUCUCUCACACUCGUAAAGGAGCAAUAAGUUGAUUUCUGUUUCAUUUCAUUAAAACGCAAUGUAAUGAAACCUUCAGGAAAAUGAAUUCCUGGCGUGUUAUGUUGCGAUUAGACGUACACCCUAAUGGAAAGGUUCGUGGCAGAUGCAGGCGAAGUCCUUUCCUUUCUAUGUCCUGUCCAAGAGAGAGAGACUGACAAGCAAAUCCCAAAAAAAAAUUGCCGCUUAUUGCUCCUUUACACAUAUAUUAACUUACUGUACAAAUGUGCAUGAUAGUAGUCUUGUGAAACAAUAACACAGUAUGUAUUAUAUUAGACAUUUUUGGGCCAAUAGUAUUCACUCAAGCAAAUGUAUAGAGAAAAAAAAAAAAAAAAAGAAUCACUUUUGUGUUGUUUUUAAUCUUGUUACCUAACUUUUGAUAACGUGACUGCUCGAGUCCUCGCCGUUCUGUAGCGACAUCCGAUUUCAUUCCGCACUCAAAACGUUAACGAAUCAAUAUCACGUGCAUAUUUAUCCUUCUUUUCUAACGUGUUACGUGAUUUGUGCUUUGCCUGUAUUGUCUUUGGUAUGAACUAUCUUUUAUUUGUGUUUAUGGAAAAACGUGGUGCCCUUUCGCAGUAGUGUCGAGUGACCAUCGAAGAAUAUUUGCAUUUAUUCCUUUUUUUUUUUUUUGGUUUAUUUGUUUGUUUGUGGUUUGAGAUGAGAAAAACGAAUCAGUGUAAUGCUUUACAAACCUCUUUUGUAAAUGUGACUGUGAGUUGAUAGCUUAGUAUAUCCUGUAGUGUUCCUGUUCCAUACAAAAAUAGUCAUGUUUAUCCAAAUCUGGAAUGCCAUGGUUCAAUCUUUUGUUUAGUGUUGUGUAAGCAAUUAGCAUCCAGUCUGCUAAAACCAAUAAACAAAUAUCACUUAAGCAAG